UGUGUGUGCUUGUGUGUGUCUUCUCAUCCCGAAUGUGUGUGAACCAUGUAAUAUUAUCGUUGUCUGAAAUCAUGUACAUUUGGUUCUUUUCUGGUUGUCUUCAGGCCGCCUUGAGCGUGUGAUUUCCCCAGCUCAGUGAUGGAAUACAUUAGUGCCUAUGAGGUCCAUAAUCAAAAUGGGAUGUUGCUAUGGUAACACGCAGCAGUGGAAAAUGUUGUUUUGAGCAAGUGGUGAUCUCAGCGAGAUAAAAAUAAAAUGAUAUCUCUGUCUCACUGGAAUGAACACGUCUAGACGGCGUUACUCAUACACACAGAUCAAUAUUUGAUAUAAAACCAUCUCUUCACAGCAUUGAUUUGAUAUUGAUCGUCUCGCUCACAUCAAAUUCCCUUUUCCUGUUUAAUCGCCCCCGUUGUCAAGGUGAGGACAGGACCAUGUAAGGGGACUAUUACCACACACACAAAAAUAUAUAAAAAAUAUAUAUCUAAUUUCAAGAUGGAGCAAUAAUAAGACCAGUAGCCUGAAGUGGCGUAUUGGCCAAAUGAUGUAAUGUUCUAUGCAGCACAGACACAGACAGUCUGGAAUAGCAGCUCAUUCCUGGAUCAGGACACAUGCUGUUGAAUGUGAGGACAAUGAUUAUGAUGAAGAUUUUGCUGAAAAAUCUGCAGCCGAUCCAGCUACAACCCAUCCUGAUCCACAGAGCCAGACUGCAGACUGCAGCCAGGUGGAGGAGAACGGGGUCUUGGAGGACAUGGAAGAGGACAUCAGCCUGAAGAAACGGAAAGGUGAUCACCACGGCAACAAAGACUUAGAGUCACGAGACUCCGGACAGGAUGCUGAAGGUGAAAAGGUCAAGAAGCGCCGGGGACGACCUCCGGCGGAGAAACCGCUCCCCAACCCCCCCGAGCUCACCAAGCAGCUGAGCACACUGGUGGAUAUGGUCAUCAACUACAAAGAUGGGUUGGGCCGUCAGAUCAGCAAAGGCUUCAUCCAACUGCCUUCUAGGAAGGAGGUGUCAGAGUAUUACGAGCUGAUCCGAAAGCCUGUGGACUUCAGGAGGAUCCGGGAGCGUGUGCGCAAUCAUAAGUACAGGAGUGUGGGAGAUCUGGAGAAAGACAUCAUACUGCUGUGUCACAACGCCCAGACCUUCAACCUGGAGGGAUCUCAGAUAUUUGAGGACUCAAUUGUUCUCAAGUCUGUGUUUGAGAGUGCACGGCAAAGGAUUGUCAUUGACGAUGAGGUGAAACAGGACAGCACUGCCAUCCGUGAAGAUGACGGAGGUCGAGACAAUCAGUUGGUUUCAUCAGCAGUGAAAAUGGCAACAAAGCAGGGGAAACAGAGGAUGAAGGAGGAGAGAAGCAGAAAGACGAAGGUCAAGAAGACAGUCUACAGUGAUGUAGACAGCGAUGAGGAUCUGGAGGACAAUACAGCUAAAGAUGAGGCUUGACCUGGAGGACCAACGCUAGUUCAUUUAUCCUCCUUAUCCUCUUUCUUCCUAUCCACUCGGACUGUUUUUGCGUCGCAGCUUAUUCAUUUGCUCACCUUGCAAAAGGUUUGUCUCAUCUCAAGUCAAGAGAGCCACUCGAAGGAAUGCACGUAACUAAUUAUGUUGGUCCUCAAGUAAUUAAUGCAGCCUCAAAUGUUCAUGUCCUUUUACUAUUAUUUGAGCUUUUUUUUUUAUGAUGUUGCUCCCCCGGUCUUCAUGUGAAAGCUGCUGUGUGUAUCCUUAAUGCUUUACCAGAGGAUAUCCCUCCACUCUUUUUCCAUUUGUUUUUUUAUUUUAUAUGAACGUGUUAUUACUGUAUGUGUGAAAUUAGAAUGUAUUUCUGCUGAGACGGAGACCACCCUCAGAGAGUGGCACCUGUUGAUAACAUCUCUAUGUGUUGUGUACAGGUAUGGGAGAUGUCAGAACAUGAUUGGUCAGUUCUUCAAUAUGACCAGGAUGGACACUACUGGAUUGUUUCAAAUCUCAAAAUGUGUGGAUUUAAAAUUGAAAUUUGAUUCUGUAAUAAAAGUCCAAAUAGGAGAA